AUGAACAAGGCGAAGUGGAAUCUCGAAAUUUUUGAUAAUCAAUGCAUAAAAAUAUACCAGAUUUAUGCUGAUAUUGAUAAUUCAGAAGCUUCCGCCGAAGAUGUUGCCCUCAGGAUGAACAUUUUGUCUCAUCAAAUUUCAUAUCAAAAAGUUCCUGCGUUUUUUCUAGAAAAUCAAUUGAAAUACUUCGAAACAAUGGAAAAGAAGAACUUUUGCAUUGCAUUUGAUGUCUUUAAUCAAUUUGAUGAAAUUUCCAUUCCAUAUUGGUGCAAAUUUCAAUCAAUUGAAUGGCAUCCGUCGGAAAUGUAUGAAAAAGAUAUAGUUGAAUUGUUCCAAAAAGCCCUUACUUUGUAUUAUUUAUACGCAUUACACGAAUAUUCGCCAUUUUACUUUACUUCAUUCCUGUUUAUUGAAGAAGAUCCUGUAUCAUACGAACCAUUCUUCUUUAAACCAAUGCCUGUUUUGCAUCAAGGAAAACUUGGAGUCAGACAUAUUAAUCAUUUUGACGAAACUACAAUCCCAAACACUCCAGAAUUAUUGAAACCGGGAUCAUCAGUACUCAUAUGCCCAAACGAAUUACCUUAUACGAUUUUGUCCGUAAAUUCAGAUUCUUUCACAAUUCAAAUUCCUGAUGGAAAUAUCACAUUAUACGAAUUUGAAAAUACAGACUUCCUUGUUCUAACAAAGUACUCAAGAAAUUUCUUGAAAUCAAAAUCUACUCCAAAAAGAAUUUCUUCAAAUGAAAAAAUUUCAAGCGAAUUCGCGCCAAUACAGACAUUUUCGUUUACUCCUACAAACUUCAAAGACUUUUAUGAAGCAAAUUUCGUGAUUAAUGAUGACGAAAAUACAGCAAAUUGGAAUUCUCAGAACCAAACCAUUCUUGAGGACGCUCCUUAUACGGUAGAAGAUCUCAUUAAAGACCAAUGUUCCUCGGAAGCUAUGAAAGAAAGCAUAAAAAGAUACGCCGGAAAAAUUCCAAUUCCAAUCAAAAGAAAUCCGUUGAUGAGACACACAAUAAUGAUCACUCCUAUAGAUUUGAAUCUCGGAUUUCCUACUGCCAAGCUCCAAAUCAUAAGUCCAAAAUUCCAAAUUAUUAAUGAAUUCAAUUACGAUCAAUUUUACCCACCAAAUCUCAAAGUUAUUGAGAAAGAAUCGGUUCAGAUUAUCCAAGCCGAUAGAAUUUUCGAUCAAUGGGUCGAAAAUUGCAGAUGCCCACUUUCUGGAUCGAAAGACUUACAUUACUUGAUAUUUUGCGAAACAGACCAAUCGAAACAACAAGUUCUCGAUUACAUCCACUUAGUUUCUUCUUCAUAUACAAAAUUUAGGCUUGGAAAGAUGACUCCUGCCAAUCAACCAGAAGAAAUCUUAUCUCCGAGUGGAAAUGAAGCCUUGGAAGACACUAUUGUCAAGUAUCUCGAUGGAAAUACAACAUUAGAUUUUGCAAAUAACAAAUAUAUCAUUUUUGUUAUUUCUGAUAAUAACUUUGAUAGUAUUAUGAAAGGUUAUUUUGUUUUUGUACGUCCAGAGUGGGUCAAAUCCCCUAAUUUGACUGACAUUGAUUCAAUUGGUUUCCAAAUCUACGCCCGCAUCAGGGAAUUAAGGUCAGAACCAUUCGGAUCAUUCGAAAUAACCUCCUGUUUCGAUAAAAUCGUUCCACCAGCUGAUAAUUUGUUCUUUAAUAUGAGAUAUCAGCCUCCUUUCAUUUUAAGUACGGACAAUCCUUUUGUUCUUCAUGUAGCCCUUGAUCUUAAGAGCCAGGUAGCUGUUUAUUCCGAUCACGAGUGUCUUAUGCUUAAAAUUGACAAAAUUCAAAAUUUUGAUUCAAUAAAAAAUUACGCAAAGGGCAUUCCUUCCAUUCUAGGCGUUAAUUCCAUCGAAACUGUCAUCACGAUAUUCACAGAAAGCAUGCCUCAGAACAUUUUAAACAGAAUUCAAAAUGAGAUGUCGGAACUUGACUGUACAAUCCUCUCUUUGUUCCCAAUGACAGGUAUCCAGGUAUCAGAUGAGAUGGGAACUGACGGAAUUGUCGAAAUUUCUGAAAGUCGGUUUAAUUUUACCGGAGUUCGACCAGAUAGCACAGUUUUAGUUGUUUCGCCAACGCUGGAAUCAUAUAAAAUCAGCAUCUACGGCGGAACAUCUGAUAAACUUCGCUCAAUUGCAAGAAAUUUCGUAGAUCUUUCUUGGGUUUCGGUAAAACCAGGAAUGCCGAGAAGGACAACAUCUCUUCCACCACAUAUUGUCGGAUUAGUGAAAGGAUGUUUCCCAGAUUUGAAAGAUUUGACACCUUUGGAUUUCCUUCCUCCAAAGAAUUUAGAUUUCUAA